GAUGGCGGCCGGUGGUGUAUUGCUUCUCCUCGCUGCUUGCUUUGGCCCGGCCUUUUCUCUCUACUUCCAUAUAGGGGAAACCGAGAAGAAAUGCUUCAUAGAAGAGAUUCCCGAUGAGACUAUGGUCGUAGGUAAUUAUCGCACCCAGAUGUUUGAUAAGCAGAGAGAGGACUAUCUGCCAGCAACACCUGGACUUGGCAUGUUUGUAGAGGUGAAGGAUCCAGAUGAUAAGGUCAUUCUGUCUCGCCAGUAUGGCUCUGAAGGACGUUUCACUUUUACUUCCCAUACACCCGGAGAACAUCAGAUUUGUCUGCAUUCUAACUCCACUAAGUUUGCACUCUUUGCGGGAGGUAUGCUGCGAGUUCACCUUGAUAUCCAGGUUGGGGAGCAUGCCAAUGAUUACGUAGACAUCGCUGCCAAGGACAAGCUAAAUACAUUACAAUUACGUGUCAGGCAACUGAUAGAACAAGUUGAACAGAUUCAGAAGGAACAGAAUUACCAGAGAUGGCGAGAAGAGAGGUUCCGACAGACAAGUGAAAGCACCAGUCAACGGGUCCUUUGGUGGUCCAUCGCUCAGACUUUAAUCCUAGUGACUAUCGGUGUUUGGCAAAUGAAACAUCUAAAGGGCUUCUUUGAAGCAAAGAAACUUGUAUAAACUUGCCUAGGGCUUAUUCUAACAGAAGGGCUUGGCCUUUCUGUAAUCCUGUAUCUUCCAUCACUAGCAGGAUUUCUCAGGAUGGAAUUGUGCGGCUGAGUGACACCCAUUUGUCGAAACAGAACAAUGUGUUACAGUCACCAAGUCUGGAUUUUAUGUUCUGUCUACCAUAAUGUUUGCCAUUUUAAAAUGAGAUUGUACCCUGUCACCCCUGCACUGCUAGUAUUAGAAGCCUGCUGUUCCCUUUUUUACAUCCUACAGAAAACCUACUAAAGCAAUUUUGAGAAGU